GGCGCAGCCGGUCCCGUUAGUGCGGGGCUCGCUGCCAGUGCAGGCGGAGCGUUGCUGCGUUAAUUGUUCUGUACGGCGCUCGGGAGCGGGGGGGGGGGGAACGUAACUGCAUUGUAGGAAGAGUCCGUACGGGGUCUGAAGACUUGCGCCGUGAAUUUGGUCGUUAUGGGCCUAUAGUUGAUGUGUACGUUCCACUUGACUUCUACACUCGUCGUCCCAGAGGAUUUGCUUAUGUUCAAUAUCCUUUCUUCAGAUGGCUGAGUAGUGAGGGGUGUUGGAGUUUGAAAUUCAAGUUUGUGUAAGAGAAUGUAAAGCUGUACAGUAAUGGCGACCCCAAAGAGAAAGCAUGAAAGAACCGUUAGAGUAGAGUUCAACAAUUAAGGCAAGUAGACAAGCCAAAGACCUCUUAAGGAUCAGGCUUGAAGAGAAGGGAGAGUUUGGGAAAAGAAAAAGUAAAGAAAAGCUGGAAGAAGGACAAGCCAUAAUGGGAGACAAAGCUUCGCUUUAUCCACAAAAGGGGGAAAAGGUUGUUUUUCAAAGUAAAAGAUAAAGCCUUCUGUCAUUUUUGGCCAAGCAUCUCAUGACAAGUCCUUCUGACAAGCACUUAAAGAGUUAAAGGUCAAGAUGAAGUUGAAUGGUGGCCAAGAUUAAAGGAGUCAUACCUGAUGUAUCCUACAGAGUAACAGUUGUUCUUCUGUUUGUCACUACCUUAACACUCGCCACAUUUGAAGAUGUCCGUGAUGCAGAAGAUGCUCUCCAUAAUUUGGAUCGAAAGUGGAUUUGUGGUCGGCAAAUAGAAAUCCAGUUUGCACAAGGGGAUCGGAAGACACCAAAUCAAAUGAAAGCCAAGGAAGGGAGAAACCUGUACAGCUCUUCUCGUUACGAUGACUAUGACAGAUACAGACGAUCUAGAAGUCGGAGUUACGAAAGGAGACGGUCUAGAAGUCGUUCUUUUGAUUACAGCUAUAGAAGAUCCUAUAGUCCCAGAAACAGUAGACCUACUGGAAGACCUCGUCGUAGCAGAAGCCAUUCGGACAAUGAUAGGUUCAAACACCGCAAUCGAUCUUUUUCAAGAUCUAAGUCCAAUUCAAGAUCACGAUCCAAGUCACAGCCCAAGAAAGAAAUGAAGGCUAAAUCACGGUCUAGGUCUGCAUCUCACACCAAAUCUAGAGGCACUUCUAAAACAGAUUCUAAAACACACUAUAAGUCCAGCUCAAGAUAUGAAAAGGAAUCGAGAAAAAAAGAACCCGCUAGAUCCAAAUCACAGUCAAGAUCACAUUCUAGAUCUAGGUCAAAAUCCAGAUCAAGGUCAUGGACUAGUCCCAAGUCCAGUGGCCACUAACAGUGUAUCCAUGUUGGGUCUAGGCAUGUAAGAUUCAUUUACACACAGUUCAGUUUACUUAAAUUAUCAGGAAUAUGAUGUUGCAACAGUGCUAAAAAGUAUUCUCUUUGUCAGUUUUCCCUGUAGCCGAAAAUGGUUAAAAUUAAGACAAUGUUGAGAAGCCACUGAGAGAGCGAGAAAGAGAGAGGGAGAGAGAGUGUCCACUUGGUUAAAUGUCACGGGCAGCUACUGAUUUGGUUGUGGUGUCUCUAUGUAUAUUUUUGUAAAGAUUUGCAUUUCUAAUGCUUAGAUAUUGGUGAUGACUUGAUUGAUCGUAACUUGCAACAUUGUCCUAUUAAAAAUGUCAUACCCAUAGAGAAAUUUGGUACCAGUUUGUGCUGAACAGUUAAACUAACUGUUUAACUUGUUCUUUAAUGCUAAACCUUGUGAUAACACGGAAAACUGGACAGCUGUAGCACAACACUGACCGCUGUGACACGCAGACUGGCAGGUUCAUGUUUCCAUUGCUCAGAGGCAGGUUUCUGUGUUCUCCAUGCCCGCUGUCCUGAGCGGGUCAGUGAAUGGAGCGGUUUGAGAUUCCUCCUUAACCCUGCUGUCUGGGGAGAUGGUACUAACAUUGCGUGGACUAUGUGGGGAGAGAGUGGGUCUUGGAAGCUCAUUCAGAGUUUGUGCAGUGCUGUGACUUGUCAGGAUAGAGGCAUAGCUGCUUUGGCCUGGCAGCUAGUACGAAAUGGGGGGUGGGGGGGGGGAACACCUUGCAUUUGGAAAAUUCAGUUCAGAUUUCAGCAAACAGCAGAGCAACUAAAUAUUAGGUUGUGUGUACAUUUUAUGCAGUUUUUGUAUCCUAAAUUUUAGUGAGCAGUUAACCAUUAAAUUGCUUAGUUUUCCUGCUGUUAGAUACCAGUAGAUUGUUUCGAGUUGUGUGUGUACAGUAUAUAAGAACUAAACUUUUCUGCCAAUGACUCCUGUGGUUAGUUGGUGUAUUAGGUAUAAUCCAUAGCCAUCUCUUCCUGAGUAACAUAGGCUGGCUUGUACGCAGCAAAAAGUACUUGGUCAAGUGAGUCUGGGUCACUUCUUCCUCAGAACAGAUAGUGGUUCAGUUCCAAGAUUUCCUUAAGAACAAAUGUUUGCAGUUGGAUAUGAACAAGAGCUGCAUCUCUAGCUAUUUAGUUUAUCACUAAUACAGUAUAUUUAGUAAAUUGAAUGUGAAAAAUAACAAAACCCGUGUGUAAUCUUACCAGUAUUUCUCUAGAAGGCAAGAUACUUUGGUAUGAAAAUGGCUUUUGGAGUUGGUUUUUCUAUUCGCCUUCAAAAGCCAGCAACAGACACCUAGUGUUCCCUGCUGUCCUACCUAGUAGCAUACAAAGAUGUUGGUUUCAACAAGUUCCUUUUGUAGAGAAAUGUUGUAGGUUUGGGUUUAGUGUGUUCAGAGGGGCCUUUCCAGAAAUGCAGACGGCUUUGAAAUACCGGCAGCGGAACGUGCGUAGGGGCUGAUCCUAGAAUCUUUGUACAUUUGAUAGUAUUUCUAACUCUUCCUUUACUGUUUGCAGUUAAUGUUCAUGUUCUGCUAUGCAAUCAUUUAUAUGCACGUUUCUUUAAUUUUGUAGACUUUCCUGGAUGUAUAGUUUAAAAACAGCAAAAAGUCUAUUUAAAACUGUAGCAGUAGUGUGCAGCUCUAGCAGAGGAAAGUUGUGGGAUUAAACUUUGUAUUUCCUUUCUUAUAGAGGCUUCUAAAAAGGUAUUUUUAUAUGUUCUUUUUAACAGAUAUUGUGUACUACCUUUAAAACAUCGAUGUUUUGAUCAAAAUAACUAAAGACCCAGCUUAUUUUCUGCUUGCUGUAAAUUUAGCAAACAUGCUGUAAUAAAAAAAUGAAGGAAAUACUGACCCACUGGAAUUAUUGUAGCUGUAGAAUUUGACUCCAGAGCAUGGUUAGGAGCAGACCUGUGCAUCCCUUAUGGAGUAAAUUCCUUACUAUGGUAUUUCAGUAAAGUCAGGAAUUUAUCAUUUAGUGUCUGAACAAAGAUGGCUUCACUUUUUUUGGAGGGGUACUAGCCAAACUAAGAAAGCAGAUGUUCUAGUCUAACGUAUUGAACUUUCUUUUCCAUUGACUUUCAUUAUUGCUGGCUGGACUGCCCUGUGGUUACAAUGCAGAUACUGUUAGCCAGGUGAUGAACUACCAGCAGUUAGGAUUCGUAUAGAACCAAAUCUCUUACUGAUUUAUAUUUGCUGUAUUAAAACUGGCGCCACUCUAGAAGGUGGUAAAGCUUUGUUGAGAACGCUUAGAACUCAGGCUGCCUUCUGGCAUUUGUGCAGCUGGCGGUUCUUAGGCCACUGAGGGAAAACAACUCUAAAAAGCACUUAAUUGCAUUGAUAAACCCACCCUUGGGCUUCUUAAGUUGAGCUGUGAUUAUGGUGUAGCUUUCUGCUUUUAACAGCAGAACAGCCUGCCCUUUCUCAGUGCUCUUACAUUAAUAAUUGUCUUCAAGACUAAAAUCCCACAUGGAAGUGGUGCACCUGGCUGUGGUGGGCAAGCAUGGGUCUGGUUCUGUCAGCACCCUGCCAGGGAUUGCUGUAAUGAACACUCCAGGAACUAGAGCUGGGCCGGUGGGGCGGAGGGAGGAGAGCAUCGGUGUCCAGGCUGAGCUGCUGAUUCCAGACUGCAGAGUAACACUAACUGUACCGUGACUGUUUUGUCAGCAUGUCCUUAUGUUGUGUGCCUCAACAGUGAUGUAUAGCACAGUUUAAAUUAUUUUUGUUUUGCAAAUCCAGUUCAUUGCAAGUAUAAUGCAGUAUCUGCGAGUUCUGAUGGUUCUUUCUUUCUCUCCCAGAGGUAGGACUAAACUUUGACUUGACUUGUGUAUAUGAACAAGCCAGAAAAGCCGAACACAAACCCACGAUGUUUCAAGAGUGCAUGAAUAAAGAUGUUGUCCUAGUUCUUGCUCCCAUGGAAAAAUUGUGAAGAAGCUGUUCUGUGGGCCUUUCAGUUGGGGACGAGUUAGCAGGAUGUGGCCAAAGGGCAGGGAAUGUUCACGCAUUGGCGCCAGUCCAGCCACAGCCCCGCUAGAUAACACCUCCUCCCUUGGCACAGGGGUCUAGUCCUGCUCUAAGAAAGCAGUAGCCUGUCUCAUGCAAGCUGCCCGCAGGUUAUGCACAGCUGGAAUGCAAGAACAUACGCAGGCUACAAAAGAUGGUGUGUAGGCAUCUUUCUUUUGGAGUCUCAAGAAUGGUGGGGAUUCUGGGCAUGGUUUUUUUUUUCCUGUGGUAAACUAUAGAUUUAAUUUUUUUUUUAUUUUUGUCAUUCCUGAAAAAAAAAAACAACUGUAGAAUUGAAGUAGAUUGUAAAAAUUCUGCUGACAGCCAUGGCUGUGCUCAAAGCGUCUGCAGCAUUGUCGAUUUACUUCGGCAGUAAUAGAAGGCUCGUUUGGAACUCCUUUUUCACCUAAAGUCCAUGUGCCCAAGUGGUUAAUUACAAAUCCUACAUGUAGUGGUUGAGUAGCUGGGUGUUUAUAAACUAGGGACUGCAAUAGAGUGGUCUCUGACAGCUCAAUGUUAUCCUUCCUGUGUCUUUUGAAGAUGUUCAAUGUACAGUAUAACGGCUUUACUCAAAGUGGAAACUCGAUUUAAAUGUUGGUUUGAGCUCUUGGAAAGAGCGCCUGCUUCUUUUUUCUCUUGCUGUUUUGUCUGGGGUAACAGCUUGGAGAAUGUUCAGAGAAGGGCAGUUGGGUCGAUGCCUUACAGCACCACCACUGGGGUUCUGGCAGGGAUGUAACAUUUUGAAGUACAAAGGGAUGAAUUCACACAUUUUUAGGACUUAAUCACCCAUUAAUAACUGCUGGUUUUCUCCAUUUAUCUUGUAACUUGCUUAAAGAGUCUGUAGUCCAUUGCUAUAGUAUGUGUCUAAAGAUGCUCUUACUGGCGAGAGUAGGAAGGGGAGACUGUGUACCCUGUAGUGUGUUUGAUCAAAAGAUGCUGAUGUUUUUAUUCCUACACAUCCUUUCUUCUUGAGUUUUGUGUUCCAUCUGUGCAAACAACCCUGUGAACUGGGAAUAAAAUGUACACGUUUUGACUA